ACGAAGCCUCAGUCCGGCCCGGGCGUCAUUGAGUAAACAAUGAAUGUUAGUCCAGUAAUGAACUUUAAAUGUUGCCUUUCGUUGUGUCAAGCCACGAUCGACUAUUCCCCUGUAUGUUAAUAUGAAACCGUGUGUAUGUCCCUCACAAAGUGCUCUGCAUAAAAUAUGAUAGCGUAUCGUACCGUGUCCAGCGAGUGGCACGUAUUUCACAUCGCGGGGUGAGGCUGUGAAACGAGAAGUUGAUUGUUCAUCCGCAAAGCUACCUUGUCUUCAUAUGCUGAGAAUUUCGGCAUGCAUUCUGUCUGCAACGGCUGAACAUUCCUGAACACGACAUCUGAUGUCGCAUCUGUAUAAAAAUGCGUUCACAAUACCUAUUCUUCAGACGUCUAACCCUAAGUCGUGCGUGAAGUGGUCCAUCAAAGAACGUACCAUGAGUAUGUUCACGUUUUGAUCUUCGAACUGUGAAAAGGUGUGCAGAUAAGUGUUGUGGGAUUCUAGGUUGUGUGAGCAAGAUAAAAAAAAAACUCCAAAGCGCCACAUGAGACGUUCGUUAUAAUAGCAGCCACCACAUAGGAUGUCAACCUGGGCUCGCAGAAUGCACCGUGGAGCAACUACGCUGGGGCAUGUGGUUACCUCGUGUGGUGCUUCACCUGUACCAUACCCUACUCGUUUGGAGAAAGUCAAGUUCGGUGUGCCCCUUGAACACGUUUGCAAGGGCACUGAGGACUUGCCGGGACCCCUGCUUGUAUUAGUGCUGAAGCUGAACAAGGAGGCUCCCCGCAAGAAAGAUGUCUUCAGAGCCCCAGGCCACCAGGGAAAUAUCAAGAAACUUGUGCACUUCCUGCACCAGGGGCGCCUUGUCAAUAUGGAUAAUUUUUCUGUCUAUACCAUUGCUUCUGUGCUCAAGAAAUUUUUACGUAAAAUUCCUGGCGGUGUCUUCGGGCCCACGCUGGAAGAGCAGUUAUUCGCUGCCAUGGAGAUGCAGCAACUGGAGGAGCGCCGGGAACGAGUACAGGUGCUGCUAGCUUCCUUGCCCAUCGUGGCUCAGCGACUUCUGGUGCUACUCUUUGGCACCUUUCGUGUCAUUGCUGCGUCAGCUGACCUGGCUCGAACCGGUAUGACAUCCGAAGCGCUCGGGGUCAGCGUUGCUCCGUCUUUCUUCCAUUCCUGCGUGAGCAGUGGAAAGGUGGCCCGCAUGGAGGACGUUGUGCGUUUCAAGUCAGCCACUCGCAUCACAAAGUUCCUGAUUGACAAUUUUGGCAUCAGUAACUUGUUUGGUAGAGACAACUAUGAGUACUAUGCCCGCCUCACGGGCAGGGUGCUCAAAGUGGAAGAGGACUGGAUCUUUGCCUUCCGAUACCCUCCUGACAGCCUCGUGCCUCGCAAAACAUCGCUGGAAGCCGAAAGAUCUUGGCUACGCGCAGAAGCCCAACGUUGGGGCCUCCUGCACCAGUCCACCCCGGCGCUAGCUGAACUGCAGUACCCUCUGGAAGGAAACUUGGACGCACGAGUCAGCAUGUCCCUAGAAGACCAUCGACCCCCAAAUGCACCGUUGCCGCAAGCGCGCUCGCUCUCUUUCCUGCCCCUGGUGCACGAGCGCCAAACGGCCCGUAUGCGCACGCGCUCCGAGUGGUUCCUCACUCCGCAAAGUGGCCUGCCGCUGGUACCGGCUCCCCCGACUCCGGUGCCCGGACCUUCCGCCGCUCGGGCCCCAAAACGGCGCUCUUCUUCUCGCGACAAAGAGAACGGUCCACCCGUGGUGUCCGAGCAAGAUUGCACCGAGCUGGACGUGCGCACCUUGCAUGUUACACUAACGUACAAGCCUCGCAUUUGAUGACGGAAGACUGUGCCUUCGUUGACUAAAACGGUGGUCGCUUAGGUCACCACCCUCUGCCCCGCCAGUGGCAAUGACUAUGGUGACAGUGACCGUGAGACACUCUAAAGUGUAUUCCCAGCUGGUCAUUACAGUGCAAGUGGAACGUGGUUUGAGCCACAGUUGAGGUAUUGAAACGAGUGUGGUGAGAAGGCAUUGGUUUGAUUGUGCUCGGCAAGGUGCUGCUCCGGCUGAUUGGCCCAACAGGGGGACGGGGGUCAGAGGGAAGCGGUCUUACUGCUGUCCUCCCCACUGAAUUGCUGAACUGAUUUCAGGUCAAUCUCCUACAUUCCAUGUUUCGGCAGCUCCGUAAUGUAAUGUAGCCCAAAUGUCAUUCUCUUUCGUCUAGAUUCCGUCUAGAUUCCGUUUAACUACGAAGUGUAACGAUGCUUCAGUGUAAUCAAGCUGCUUUGGAGCUUCUGAAAUUGGACAGAGCUUUGUGCUCUUUAGAUAAUAACAUACUUAUAUCGUACUGGGUUCAAAUUCAUCUUCAAUGUAUUGGCUACAACAAGUAUUUUUGCAGUCUCCAGUUUUCUGACAUGGGAGGUUAUUGGUGUACCAUCAUUCUGUGCUUACACUUAAUUUCAGAUUUUUUUUAAUGCUGAGCUCUGUAGGCUUUUAGUCUUCAGUUUCUCUGUUCUUCACUUUAUAAAAACUGAAGUGCUCCUAUGUUAAUGAGGAGCAAAGCAUGCAAAUACCUGUGAAGUUCUACAUAUGUAUUCUACAUAUCACAUUCUUGCACUCUCAGUACAAUCUUCAGCUUUCCAUUUCAGCUCAAAAGGACAGUUCAGCUCAAAAUGCAGACACAUUGUCACAUGCUUCCUCAUGGAUAGGCCAGCUGUUUAUUCUAGAGAUUCAAGGAGUACUAUAUGAAACUGUACGUGUUGCAUUCCUGCUCUGCAUGUACUGCAACAACGUGUGAGCUUUAAGGGGUCCUAAACACAACUGACACAGGUUUGACAUCAAGAGUUUGCAUUUGCGAAGAACAAGGCUAAAUAUCAAUUUAUCCUUAUUUUUGGUUAGGAUUUUUUUUUUUUUUUUUGUAGAUUCAUGACUCAACAUUUUGUUGAAGAGCAUAACCCAGCUCCCUUGAUGAUAAAGCAAAAUAAUAUGUCACAUGCAUGGGUGCCGCGUGGGUUUUUUCCGGGGAGGGGAGAGGGGGGGCAGUGUGUUUGGGGUGGCGGAUUUCACGUUAAGGGGUCUGCACCUAAUUCUGUGUGUUGACUGCGCCCGCAACUACAUUGUCUUGGCUCAGAAACACUACGUUUCUGGAACGUAGAGAAAAAAAAAAGGAAUCUUAUUUUGUGCUUGUGUCGCAACGGCAAUGUUUCCUUGCUGAAGCCAGGAGGGCAACUGCCCCCCUUUCCCCCCAUGACAGUGCCCCUGGUUACAUGAUAAAACUACAUUAGUGCCUUCAAGCCCAAGGGGGUUGCAUUUUGAAGAGCGGUACUGUGGUAGCUUACUAGUCCAUGACAGGGCUGUCUUGAGGCCUGUAAGUUUGGUUCCGAUGUCAUGUUAUCUAGUUAUGACUUUGUUAUGGUUAGGUAUGGUAACCACAAAAAUGGUUACGAUGCCCUACAGAUAUCCUGUGGUACAAUUUGACAUAUAACACGAAGUAAUGCAGUCGGCGGAUGGCAACAGAGAUGCUGCAUCUUUCGACAGAGAUUAUUUGCUCAGCUUGGGUAUUAUUUAGUAGUAACUGUGAUUUGACGCUUCAAUGUUCAAGCGUACCACGGUUCUAUUAAAAGGUAGCUGUAUUUCAAAUCAUAUUGCGAUGCCUUGUCCUGUGCAGUUUAAACCAGUGGACUCUGUUCUCUAUGAUGAUGCUUGAAACCAUGCCAAAGACGUGCUUAAUCCUAUGAAAUAUUGUGAGAUGUUGCAAGUGACUGAUCGGUGCAAGCUGCCAAAGGGUCCUCUUGCGCUUUGAGGCAAGACACUGUGCAAGGCCCUUUGUUUUCUGUCCCUUUUUCUUUCUUUUUUUUUUUUCUUUUUUGCAGUUUUACUGCUGUGAACACUCUUUAUAUGGUUGUGAAGUGCUUGCUCCACCCUCUUUGCAACUGUCUCGUUUAAAAAGUGCACUCCGAAGUGUAAGGUCUAGAUUCUAUUUUUGCUUCUAGUGUUGGGGGCCAAAUGCUCAUCCUACCAUUCGUACAGAUAUUCCUCCUUUGCCCGGAGAAUUUUGUUAAUAAAGGCAUCACACUGGGUGCAUAAUUUAUUGCAGAAGACAAAAAUGUGAAUUAUGUGUUUCGGGAGAGCCAGUUAUAGUCUGCAUGAGAAGUGACCUUUGCUUGAACUGUUGUCUGUCUUUGCUAUUAUAGCAUCAUAACUUCAUGUGUACCCAUUUUAUGAACUGUGCUUUCCCAUCUUGCCAACACAUGGCAGGUUAUGAGAAUCGGCCUUAUGCAUGCCAAAGUGUUAUUUGUGUACAUAAGCUUUGUGACGAAGGGAGAUUCUAUGAGGAAGAUGCCUUUUGUUAACGGCUUUCAAGACUUUCACGGUUAAAGACUUUCAAGGUCUCUGCUUCAGAAUGUGCAUGCCGUGAAACUUUGUUCCCUAGCUCAAGGAAUCUUGUUGUAUCCCAAAGUUUUGUUGUCUUGCUGAAGAACAUAAUUCUUCAUUGCCUUUGUUUUACAAAAAGUAUACAGGUGCUUCAUUAUUUCUUCUGGUAUGUUUUAAGUGUUUUUAAUCGUUGUUUAUCUUUUUUGUCGUAUUGUUCCUCUGAUUUGGUGUUCAGAAUACUAUUGAAUGCAGUCAUUCCUACACUGAUGUUCCACCCGCCGUGUUUCUUUGUCAUACCUUAGUGUUCCCAUACUUCCAUGCACAUUAUUUAUUUUUCAUUCUUAGUUUUCUCCCCGCAGUACUACAUAGGGUGCCAUACGCACCAUUAAUGUUAAUACCAUUACCACACACAUGCAUUGUACAGUGAUGUCUUCCGACUUUCUUUCGACUUUUCUAAUUCUCCUCCGACAGAUUUGCAUGGAUACGUUUCAGUGCUAUCUACUAUCUUGAAAUGCAUCAUGGUAACUGGUUCAGAUGCAUGGUGACAUUGACUGCCACGCUGUUUUUUUUAAAUAAAAUGUUGUGCAGUUGC